CUCUCUGCGCUGCAUCACUUUACACUGAGUCCUCGCUCUGAGCUCCCCGUGUCCGCGUCCACCCGCCGCUUCUUCAGGGUGUGCAGCCACUUCUGCUUCACCGCUGGACCCGUGUUUAUGUCCCACGCUCUUCAGAGGGAAGCAGUGGGAGGUUGUGAGGAGAGUUAGCCGGCUGUGUGUGUGGGUGCGGCGCGCUGUGAUCUCUAUAUAAACCGCUGUGGAGUAUUUUUCUCUCGCUUCUCCUCUGGUACAUGGCUCCGGUUGUUGUGCUGCUGUGCGCUGUGUGGACGCGGUUUCAGCCCGUUUUCUGGAGCUCCGCGCUCUGAGCGAGCUCUGCUGGAGUUCUGCGGAUCUGAGAACACUCUGACCGGGGAGAUUAAGGUGGUCUGGGGGCUGUGUUUUGUGUUUGUGCUCGAGUUUGGGAGGAAAACUUGAGCGGUGAACUUUAGAGAGGUGGUGCUCUGUUCCUGAUUGACUAACACAGAGUGUAUAGCGUUAAGCAGGCUAACGCUAGUUAGCUUAGCAUGCCUGCUAGUUAGCUAGCUAGCUAACCCUCCUUAACAGCCAGCCCGUGUGAACCGCGCGAUGCCUUUGUGUGAACAGCUCAUGUGGAUUUAAAGUAUUCGCUUUUCUUCUAAUUAAACGAACCCGGAGGAUUACGGAGAGCUGCUGGAUAAAUAAGAUAAAGACCUGUGCUGCUGUUCACUGGAUGCACCUCUGGCCUCAAACUGGGAUCCUGAAACCUGGCCUAUAGAUGACAAGUGUUUGAGGUGCUGGUGGUGUGUGUGUGUGAGAGUGUGUGUGUGCAUGUGUGUGUGUGUAUAUGAGUGCGUGUGUGUGUGAGGAUGAGCUCUAAGCGGAGUCUGUUUGUGCGGCUGGUGCCGUGCCGGUGUCUGCGGGGGGAGGAGGAGACUGUCACACAGCUGGAUUACUCCCACUGCAGCCUGGAGCAGGUGCCCAAAGAGAUCUUCGGCUUCGAGAAGACGCUGGAGGAGCUCUACCUGGACGCCAACCAGAUCGAGGAGCUGCCUAAACAACUGUUUAACUGCCAGUUACUGCACCGGCUGAGUCUGCCAGACAACGACCUCACCGUACUGCCGCCGGCCAUCGCUAACCUCAUCAAUCUCAGGGAGCUUGACGUCAGCAAGAACAGCAUUCAGGAGUUUCCUGAGAACAUUAAGAACUGCAAGGUCCUGACCAUCGUUGAAGCGAGCGUGAAUCCCAUUUCAAAACUCCCAGAAGGAUUCACGCAGCUCCUCAGUCUGACCCAGCUCUACCUGAAUGAUGCCUUCCUUGAGUUCCUGCCAGCCAGCUUUGGCAGGCUCACCAAACUGCAGAUCCUGGAGCUCCGGGAGAACCAGUUAAAGAUGCUGCCAAAAAGCAUGCAUAAACUCACGCAGCUGGAGCGUCUGGACCUGGGGAGUAACGAGUUCACUGAAGUGCCUGAGGUUUUGGAACAGCUGACAGGAAUAAAGGAGCUGUGGAUGGAUGGGAAUAAACUCACGAUGGUACCCGGGAUGGUUGGGAUGCUGAAACAGCUGACCUACCUGGACGUGUCUAAGAACAACGUGGAGCUGGUGGAUGAGCAGAUCAAUGGCUGUGAGAACCUGCAGGACCUGCUGCUGUCCAACAAUGCCCUCACACAGCUACCCGGCUCUAUAGGUUCUCUGAAGAAGCUGACGGCUCUGAAGGUGGAUGAGAAUCAGCUGGUGUGUCUGCCGGACUCUAUAGGCGGGUUGUCUGCUCUGGACGAGCUGGACUGCAGCUUUAAUGAAAUAGAGUCUCUACCCGCUGCUAUUGGUCAGUGUGUAAACCUGCGCACUUUUGCAGCUGAUCACAACUUCCUCAGCCAGCUGCCUCCGGAGAUGGGCUGCUGGAAGAAUGCCACCGUUCUGUUCCUGCACUCCAACAAGCUGGAGUCUCUGCCGGAGGAGAUGGGCGACAUGCAGAAACUCAAGGUCGUCAAUCUCAGCGACAACAAGCUGAAGAACCUUCCCUACAGUUUCACCAAACUCAAUCAGAUGACCGCUAUGUGGCUCUCUGAGAACCAGUCCAAGCCCCUCAUCCCCCUGCAGAAGGAGGAGGAUCCAGAGACGCACAAAACGGUCCUCACCAACUACAUGUUCCCACAGCAGAGCCGAGCUGAAGAAUAUGUGCCUAAUUCAGACAGUGAGAGCUUUAACCCGACUCUGUGGGAGGAGCAGAGGAAGCAGAGAGCCCAGGUGGCGUUCGAGUGUGACGAGGACAAGGAUGAGCGAGAGACUCCACCGCGGGAAGGGAAUCUGAAGCGCUACCCCACGCCGUACCCCGACGAGCUGAAGAACAUGGUGAAGACGGCGCAGUCCGUGGCGCACCGGCUGAAGGAGGAUGAGUCAGGAGACGAGUUGGCCGGCGAGAGGAACCACAUCGGAGUGCAGAGCGUGGGAGUGAAGGUGAUUGAGACUCCGUGUGCCAAUGGCAAAGCGCUGGAGCUGGAGUCCAAAACCACAGUGAACAGCAUCCAGAACAGCACCCCACCCGAGCCGAGAGACGUUCCAGAUAACCAGGAUCCUGAGAGAGUUCCUCUGAAGACCUCAGAUGGACCCAGAGCCAUGGUCAACCAUGAGGAUACACUUGAGGACUCGGAGGAGCUGUCGUCUGAGGAAGAGGAGAUGAAGAUCGCAGAGAUGAGACCGCCUCUCAUCGAGAUCUCCAUCAACCAGCCCAAAGUAGUGGCCCUCAGCAAGGACAAAAAAGAUGAUAAUAAAGAUGCUGACUCUCUGCUGGACGAGACGGUGGCUAACAGUAACCAGAACAACAGUAACUGCUCCUCACCCUCUCGCAUGUCUGACUCCGUGUCCCUGACCACCGACAGCAGCCAGGACAACUCACUGUGCACUCCUGAGAGAGAGGCCAAGAUGCCCCUGGUACCCAAGAACAGACAAGAGGAUGAGAACCUGAACCAGCUGAAGGAGACCGUUCCGCUGCUGCAGAACUGCAACGGCUCCGAGACGUCCCUGCAGACCGUCCUGAAGACCCAGCGCAGCUUCGAGAGCAAAGCUGGCAGGAUGGCUGAGUAUGAUCUGUCUAUGGAGGAGCGCUUAGCGGUCAUCGAGAAGGGAAUCAACAACGGCAUGGCCGACCAGUACAGCAAGUGGGAUCAGAUCAACAUGAACGUGUCUAAAUUUCCUCCGGACAACAGAGUGGUGUACGACGACCUGGAGAAGACCAAGAGCAGCCUGGGGGAGCCUGGACUUAGCAGCAGCAGCAGCAGCAACAACAACAACACCAGCGCUCAGUCACUGGAGAAUCUGGAGAACGGGAACCAGAACGGGAAGAUGCAGCAGGCUGGGGAGCUGCAUUUUAAUGGGCGGAUUGAGGAAACCCCAGUGAGGUAUGAAGUUGUGAGGACGGCCUCGGCUGGAGUCACGGCGUCCAGUGAUAUGUCUCUGUCCCGCAGCACGGAGGAACUGUCACCGGAGAAAAGACGGCCUCCUCCGGUGAUGAAGGCUCAGAGCAUCAGCAAUAUGGAGGCUGGUGGGAUGAAGCUGUACUCUAUAGAGGGCGAGAGUCCUCCGUAUGAAGCGGUAGCGGCAGCAGCAGCAGCGAGGGCCUCUGGUGCUCAGGGUCAGAGCAUCGUUCGUUCCAAAUCAGCAUCUCUCCUGAAUGACCAGCAACUACAGGUUUAUCCUGGAUCCUCAGCAUCAUCUUCUGACCUCCUGUCCAGCUCUAAACCUCCAACCAGCAUGGCCCGCUAUCCUGCAGGCCCUCCACCCCAGUAUAACGUCCAGUACACCAGCAGCACUGUGCCUAAGGACAAUCUCUGGGGCCAGCGCACCCCCGUCCCCCCAGACCAGGCCUACCUCCCUCCACAGCAUUCGCUCGCCAACACCAACUACUCCAAUCGCAACAACGCCCCACCCUACCCCCACCAGCCCCAGCCCACCCGCGGCCCAGCGAAGGCCCCAGACAUGUGGGCCAAAGAGCGCGUUCUGCCCCCCGGGAGCCAGCGAGGAACCCUGCAGCGGCAGAGCAGCACCUCCUCCAACGCCUCCAUGGUCAUGCAGGACCCUCGCCGCAUGCCGGGCCCCGAGAGCGACUACCUAACCUACAGGGACAUUCACACCAUGGGCCGCGGACCCCCACACAUGAGCCUCCAGAGGCCCCUCUCGGCACGCACCUACAGCAUGGACGAGCCCGGAGCCCCCCGGCCGCAGAGCGCGCGCCCCCCCGCCCACGAGGUGCCCGAGAGGACCAUGUCCGUCAGCGACUUCAACUACCAGCAGCACGGCAGCCCCACCAAGAGACCCAACAUGAGAGUCAAGUCUGAGCACUCCCUGCUGGACGGACCUCCGGGCGGAGGAGGCAGAGUACCGGCAGACUGGAGAGACCAGGUGAUGAGACACAUCGAGGCAAAGAAGAUGGAGAAGAUGACUGCCCUGUCUCGGUCUUUGGCCACGCUGUAUGGCAGCCAGGGCUCUCUGGCCUUUAGCACUCUAGAUGGACGACAGUUUGGAGCCCACGGGCCCAGCGAUGAUGUCUUCAGCCCAUACGGACAGCAGGGUUAUCCUAUGGAUACUCACAGAAAAGUGCCUUUGAUGAACGGUCAGAUGUGUCCUCCUCCAGUCCGACCCCAGAUGAGCUGCUCUCAGAACCAGAUGGCUCGUCAUCCGUCCAGAGAGCAGCUCAUAGACUACCUGAUGCAUAAAGUGUCCCAGCAGCCCCCCGGCGCACCACGCCAUCCUCAUGAGUCUCUACCACAAGAGAUGCAUGUGAAGAUUGAGAAGAAUCCCGAGCUGGGCUUCAGCAUAUCAGGAGGAGUGGGAGGACGGGGGAAUCCCUUCCAUCCUGAAGAUAACGGGAUUUUUGUGACACGAGUUCAACCAGAAGGACCUGCUUCAAAGCUUCUGCAGCCUGGAGAUAAAAUCAUCCAGGCGAACGGCUACAACUUCGUCAACAUCGAUCACGGAAACGCUGUGUCCCUCCUGAAGAACUUCCCCAGCACCGUGGACCUGAUCAUCAUCAGAGACAUGGCAGCGUAGAGAUCUGAUGGAACGCGUGAUUGUCUUAAUGUUCACUCCAUUAUUUUUCUACAUGGAGGAGGAGGAAGAGAAGGAGGAGGAGCCGGGUUGAUGUAUAGCUGAUUGGAACUGCUACUUUUUUUCGUGGAAGGAUGGAAAGGAAGGACCUCUUUGGAGCUUUGGGUUGGUUUGGUUUGGUUUGGUUUGGUGGAAACUGGGCAAAACCACUCGAGGAGAGAAGCGGAGAGAGGAGGAUAUGUGUGUGAGAGAGUGACUGAUUUGGAGUAACUACAGCAAAAGGAGCCUUCACUGUGGGAUCGUCGCCUGUUGGAUUAGUCCGACACGGCACGGACAAAAAAAAAACUGUGCUUUUUUUUAUGUUUUUUUUUUUUUUUAAAUCAAUCAUUCACUUUAGUAGUAAAAACAUUAGUUCAUCGUAGUAAACGAUUAUUAAUAACUGUAGCUGACCAUUAGGGGGCAGGGCUCCCUGUCUGCUGACAUCAGUAUGCCUUUUAAUUUUUGAAUUUUUUGGAAUUUUAAAUCAUGUUUCACUUCUUUUACUUUUUAUUUUCUGUUUCAUUUCUUAUUUAAGAGAUUUUAAAACCACUCCUCUGACCUGUGAGAUUUCUCGUUUUGCUGUUCUUUUUUUGUUUUUGUUUUUUUAACUGGAGGUCAAUGCUACGUGCGUAAAGUGGAUUUUUUCGAAUGUAGAACUGGCGUGCGCUCUGGCCUGGGUGGUGGAUUUGGUGUGGAAAUGUGGCUGCUUGACACUUUAGUCCCUUUUUUUUUUUUACUUCGUGGGAACCUUUCUUUUGCACCAUUAGCUUUGAUUUAGAACCAUCUAUCAUCCUUCCCACUUCCAUUUUCUAACUCAUUUCCAACAACGAGAGAGUGAACCACCUGUGAUCCUGAUCAUCCUGAUCUGAGACCGUGUUAACCAAGACCCUGUAUCUGCUAGGAUCUAGGAUCUAGAAGGGACGUGCUGAAGGACCCUCUGUAUGUCUGACAUGGGUUGGAUUAGUGUGGAUUGGAUUGGAACGUGGUGGAGAUUGGAGAAUGAAGAACAGAGAACUUCGAGGCCACAGGGACUUUUAAUUUCCUUUAAUUUUAUUUUAUUUUAUUGUUUUUGGGACUGCAAACAUGUGGAGACACACACACACAUGGCCCACUGCUACAAUAACCUGCUAAGUUAACCAAAGCUUGUAAGGAGACUGUAAGAUGGUUGAUAUGGUACUGCUGGGAUGGACAGAUGGACUCAGGCCUUUUCCAGGCCAAUUCUAGACCAGGUUUCUUGACCUAGCUUGAUCUGCUUUAUCCUGGUCUGAGAAAAAAGGGCCAGAUUUCACCGACUGUCCUGCUUCUUCUUGUAGUUUGUUGUUUUUCAGUUUAAGGACCGUUCCUGUACCACCUGUACAGAGAGAGGAACCUGAUCCUGGAACAGAGAUCGAAACAGAACGGAAGUUUUUAGGUGGACUCUGGCCCUGAACCUCUGAAGGGCUUCCUCUAGUCUGGAACUAUCGUACUCAGAACUGCAGAACUGACUGUUGGAGGAGGGGGUUCCUCAUGUGGAAUUGACUCCUGUCUGAGUUUUGAGUUUUGAGUUUGCCUUUCUGUGAGCAUCAGCUUCCUCCCACACAUUGCGCAUUGUUGUUUCCUUUUUUUUUUUUUUUUAAUGUUAAAAAAGGACACUUUUUUUUUAAAAACGAGCUGGAUGGAAGGAUAAAGAAGAAGAGAAGAAAAGAAGCAGAACUUGUCAAGUGCCAACAACGCACAGACCCUGAGCUGUCCGGGGAAACAACAAAAAAAAAACAGGCGGAGAGGGGAAAAAUCGUCACUUUUUAAUUUUCUUUCUUUUUUUCAAUGUUUUUAACUAUUUUUUUAAUUUUCUUUUUUUCCCUUUUUGAUCCACAGCAGCAAUACUCACUGUACUUAACUACUCACUGACUCUGAUUCAGUGCUUAUGAUGUGGGACAGUGUUUGAGAGAGCAAUAGCAAGAAGUUCUAUUCUAUUCUUAUUUUUCUGUCGGAGAGCUGUCUGAUCGCAUUGUCGUCAUUUUUUUUUAAAGAGUUGAAAAAAAAUAACGAAUCGUGGAAAAAAAAAAAAAUAGAAAAGAAGAAUCCCUUUUAGUACUCUUUGAUUGUGAUAGAGACUUUUAUAUUGUAAAUCUUUUAGAAGAGAAACCAUAGGAAAAAUGGCAUUUUUGAGUAUUUUGCAUAGAUGUUCUUUAAUGCGUGUAUAUGUUAAAUGCCCUGCACUCACUGCCCCCUUACCCCCCCAUAUCCCAAACACACACACACACACACACACACACACACACCUUCCCGCCAGCUCCACAGACGGCCUGCCGAGCUGACAUUAUUAACCGUCUCCCAUGUUGAGUGGAUUCAAAUGCUUAACCUUCUUCACUGGCAGAAUAAUGAUAUUGAUCAUGAUGAUUAAGAUGAAGAUAAUUAUGAUUGAUGAUUAUGAUGAUGAUGAUGAUUUUUCAAUGAGCUGCGAAGACUGCAAAAAAUGUUAUAAAUAUAUAUAUAUAUAUAUGUACACACACAGUGAGUCAUACAACCAAUAUUUUUGACAUCAGACAUAAAAAAUAAUAAUUAAAAAAAAAGACUUUAAAAGGUCUUUUUUUGUACACAGGCCUGUAUGUACACACACACACACACACACACACACGAAAAGAAAAAAAAAACGAAUGACCAACUGUUUGAUUGAUUGUUGUACUGUGUGAAUUACUUGCAUGGAAUCACUCCCUAGAUUAUAAUUAUUAUUGCUGUUAUUUUUUUAUUAUUUUUAAUUUUUUAAUUUAAUUUUCUUUGGUUGUAUUCUUCAUUGUUUUAGACGUCUACAUGAGUUUUAAUUAAUCAGAUUUACAGAUACAGAUACUGAUACACGUGACGAGCCCAUCAGUGGAUUGACAUUUUAUUCAUUUAUUCAUAGAAGGAAGCACUGAUGUUUUAUUUUAUUUUUUGUUGUAUAAAAAAGUACCUGUACUAAAACUGAAAUUAAAUUUAAUUGUUUUAGUGUUACUUUUUAUUUGAAAAAUAUUUUUUACAAUCACUUUGUCAUUUAUUUGCACACAAUUGAAAAAUGGCACUGGCACACAAAGUAAUAAAACAACAAAACAGACUCUUAAAUUAGUCUUAAAUUAGGAUAUUAAUAUUAAUAUAUUACUAGGGGUGUGACUGUACACAAAAUCAAAAAACUUCCUUUUGGACCAAUUUUGGACUUCAUGGUUUUGGUACAAGACUAAACCAGAUUUCUUAUUCAUUAAUGUAGAACAGAUAGUUGUGCAAUUUUUACAUUUGUUGCCAUUUGUACUUACUUUCACUCUAAUUUAGCUUAGCCAAUUAACUCACCCACUCACUGGAAUUCACUAGGACUCACUAGAACAAGUGCAUUUCUCCUAAAAAACAUGUGAAAGCCAGACCCCGCCUCUUUUUUUUUUGCUCUGAGGUAAGCGCCAGAUCCCAAGCUCUUUACUUCCUAUACUUCAGCCGACAGAUGAUGUGCUGGACAGUGGGAGAGAGAGAGAGAGAGAGAGAGAGAGAGCAUGGCCAAUGAAUUGUGUUCUCUCAGACUCCGGCUGCUGAUGCCAUUCAUAGACUUUGUCAUGUCAUUGUUCAUUUGCUGAACUUUGUCUGACUUUAUUUUUUAUAGCCAGAUGUUUGCAGCCAGAAUACCAGUAAAAUAUUAGUUUAUAGCCUGGAGGGGACAAACAAGACUACAGUCACCAUUACAAUACCCUCAAACCACUAUAGUUCACACAAUACCUUGCAAAUCAAGCAUCUAAUCUUACAGAUGAGUUCAAAGUUACAAUAUAAACCCUAAUAUAAAGUACACAAUAUAUAUUUUCUGUGCAAUUUUUUUUUUUUUUCAUUUGUAUCAAACUGUGAUGCUAUUCGUACCAUGACCCAUGUACAGUUACACCCUUAUCAUUCACUCACCCUCGUAGCUUUAUUACGACUCCAAACUAAUCCAAACUAAACGCAACUAGUCUCAAGUCUUACUAAACUAAAUGUAAUUCUCACGCAGUGAAUUCCUCAGUAGAGUCUGAUUUUUUUACCCGACGUUUUUGAAGAUAUGAAUGAUGAUGAUUUUGUUGACACAUUGUGUACAGAUGUAUUUAGCGAGCACUGUGUUUCUUAUUCUGUCCUGAUGAAUCAGUCGAAUGAAGACCCUUUGAUUGUCACGCCUUUUUACGUAUCAUCAUCAUCAGUAAAGGAACUCUGACGGAAAUGAAAGACAAUCGGGGGCUUAAAGCUGAAACUUAAAGCUGAUUGAUUGGUUUAUUUUUGCCAUAUCAAAUAGAAAAGAAAAAGAGCAUCUGGUCUUCUUCCUUUUAUUAUUUUUAUUAUAAUUUUUAUUCUCCCACGUUUGUCUAUUUAUUUAGCAAACCUCUGUCCUUUCUCUUUUUUUUUUUUGCAGAUUACUAAUCAACGUGUACAUACUUUUUAAACCGGUUUGAGUUAGCCAUGGCAUUAGUAGUGAUCUUUAGUUUAUACCAGCCAGCAAUAAAUCGCAUCACAAUUUUGCAACCCUUUUUAAUGUAAAGCUUAUGUGAAAGGUUUCUCUGGAAGCAGCUACAAACGAGAUGAUUGGUAUGCAUUUAUUCUACAUUCCAGAUUUUUUGUAUAUAAUUUUAGCUUCCAUGGUAUCCUGUGGAAAAAUGAGAAAUAAACUAAUGGUCUUUCAGAAAA